AACAAAAUGUGAGAACAAUUAAAGACUUUUUGGCUGACUUAAGCCUUCCUCCAAAGAGAUAAGAAAGGAGGGCCAAGAAAUUGGCGGAGGGAGCUGGAGAUGUACUCGUUGGGUUAGGUCCUGAAAGUCGGGAAUAAUUGGCUUUUGAAGCACACAUUGGAUUUGGAGGGUUUCAAGUGUUCAAAUUAAAGGGUAAAGCACUAAAGCUACAAGGUUUGAUAUCCUCAAACUGCUUCAAAAUCAAUUGCAUACGUUUCUGAAGCUAUAUAUAUAUAUAUAUAUAUUUAUAUAUAUGGAUAGAUAUGUUGCUCUGACAUAAGGUACAUAUUCAAGCUUCUUGUGUGUUCUCUCUUCUUCGCCUGUAAUGCUAUAGUUUACAUGUGAUGUUUCAUGCUAGCUACUCUUUUGUUUUUGUCAUGAAUCAUGGUUCAAGAACAUACGGGCAAUCAUGAUUCAUUGAUGCUUACACACACACACACUCGCAUAAAUGUAAUUCAGACAAUCAAAAUUGUAUAUCUACUUGUGGAAAAGUAAAGAGGACAUGCAUAUCAUCUUUGCUCUAUUUGUAUGCAUCCUUUAGGUGGCUCGCUUUUCUAGUGUGCAUAUCGUAGACAGAAAUUGUAUUUGUGAAAGAAAGGUUGUGGGUAUGGCUUUUUUUAGGGCCAGCUUAAUUGUAUUUGUGGUCUUAAGACAGAAAUUUGUUUCAUCACCCUUUAAUAAUAUAAAUAAAUAUUAAAAAUUAUAUUUUAUUUUUUGAAAUAUAAAAUUAUUAAUGAAAAUUUUGUAUUUAUCUUUAAAAGGUAAAUAUUUUUUAAUUAACAAUAUAAUCAAAUUAUUUAAUUUUUUUGGUGACAUGAUUGGACUUAAAUUGUAAUCCUUUCCUUCUUUUAUCUUUCUCUCUGUUUCUCUUUCUUUCUCAUGUUGUCAAAUGUCAAUUGACAAUUGUCAAAUCUCAACAUUUAAUACAACAAGUACAUCUAGCAAAUGAUAUAAGGGUGCGUUUGAUUACAAUGGUGGAAUUUGAGUGGAAAGAAAAUGAAUUCCAGGGAAUUGAAUUCUAGAAAAAAUGAAUUUCUGGAAAUUAGAAAUUUAAACUGUUUGAUUGGUAUAAUUUUCUACCUAGAAAAUGAUAUUAUUUUCCAUUUUUUGGUGUUUGAUUGGUAAUAUUUUCCAUAGAAUUGGAUAAUUUUCUUGACAUUUCAUGUUUGAUAGGCAUUAUUUUUCGUGAAAAAUGACACAUUUUCCAUGAAAUUCAAUGGUGAAAAUGUAUUAAAAAAUAUUAAAUUUUGUACAAAAAAAUUAAAAUAAUAACAUAUUUUAAAUUAAUUAAAUUAUUUUCUCAAAAAAUGAAACUACAAAAUUAAUUUUUUUUAUUUUCUAAAGAAAUAAUUUAUAUAUAAUUUUUGACAUAUUCACUUUUAUAUAUAUAUUUAUAUAUUUAUAUUUAUUAAAUAACCAUCCUAAAUUUAACAUAUUCACUUUUUAUACAUAUAUUUAUAAUAUUUAUAUAUUUAUUUAUUAAAUAACAAUCCUAAAUUUAACUUAUUUACUUUUUAUAUAUAUAUUUAUAUUUAUUAUAUAACACCCCCCCCUUCCCAAACCCAAAAACCCCUCAACCUGCGAGCGGCCACCCAACUCCAUUUUCCAAUUGCCAGGAAAAUUCCAUCUCCUCCCCCCCGCCCCCCAAAGAAUUUGAUUUCCUUGAUUUAGAGGAAAAUGGCAUCACGUGAGCAAAAGUUGGAAAAUGAGUUCCCUGGAAAAAAAUACUAUCAAACAAUGCAAAAGUUGGAAAAUGGAUGGAAAAAUUACCUUUUUCUUGGAAAAUUUAGGCUAUCAAACGCGCCCUAAGUGAGACUCUUUACCUUCCCCCUAGUGUUCUUUGGUCUCGUUCUUCCCUUUCUCAAUCCUCCACCACCCCAUCGUCAGGCGUCCCUUGGUCUUCUUUCUCUCAUCCUCAGUCCUCCACAAUCUCAUCUCUCUCUCUUGCUCUCUCUUUUUCUCGUGUGAGUACGUGAUCGCGUCUCCUCUACCUCCGGCAUCCUUUGGUCUCCUCAUGUCCUCCACCUCCAACGUCUCUUGCUCAUCUCUCUCCAUCUGGCGUCUACUGUCGUCCUGUAUGCGUCUCAUUUGGCAUCUCCUCUUAUACUCUAGUGUCUCAUCUCUUUCUCUUCAAUGUCGCCUCUAGUGUCAACUAGUCUCCUCCAACCCUCAUCUCCCUUUCUCUAGCGUCUCCAAAUUUGGGUCUCUUGCUCCUCUUAUUUUUUGGGGGCCCUAGGCACAGGCCUUAGUGCCCUAUAUAUGCCUUGAGUCGGCGCUGGCUUCUUUGUUAUAAAAAAAUACAUAUAUAAUAAAAUAAAAAUAAUUUACCCACAUGUUUUGUGGAAUGUGAUGUAAAAUUUGCUGCGAGCCUUUGAAAAAAAACAUAUCAUUUGAUGUAAAAACAAAUUGUUAUUAAUUUAUAUAUAUAUUGAUGAUGCAGAGCCGAUCACCUUCUUCUGUCUUGAACCAAGUACCUGCAAAAAGGGUGGGGACUUGCUCCCCAUGAUCCCUCCGACGCUUAAGUCAGUUCGUAGGGUUUUUGAGGAGUAUAAUAACAGUAAUGAAGGAUAAUCAAAGAGUCCCUUAGGAGUCAGAUCCCCAUACCUGUAGAGGUUGCCCUCUAUUUAUAGAUGUCCCGUGCCCUUUCCUUUAGGAGAUAAGAUAUAUUUCAAAAAGAGAGGUAGAUCCCCUUUCCAUGGGGAGAAAAGAUAAUCUUCCCUAAUAGAGAUAAUUCUUGGGAUAUUUAAAGAUAUCAUUAGUUGACUUAAUCUUCUUCUUUAUCUCUUUCCAGUUCAAAAUCAUAAUAAAGAUUAUAAAGAUAAGCGGAGUUCCUAAGUCUUGACACGUGGCGAUCGCAUAUUGGUCUUUACUGGCACACAUGGCUCCGAGUUAAUUGUAACCUCCCAGGGGUAGUACAGUAAAAUUGCCCCCCUAUAAAUAUUCCCUUAUCACUUGCCCUAUUGAUGAUGCGGAGCCGAUCACCUUCUUCUGUCUUGAACCAAGUACCUGCAAAAAGGGUGGGGACUUGCUCCCCGUGAUCCCUCCGACGCUUAAGUCAGUUCGUAGGGUUUUUGAGGAGUAUAAUAACAGUAAUGAAGGAUAAUCAAAGAGUCCCUUAGGAGUCAGAUCCCCAUACCUGUAGAGGUUGCCCUCUAUUUAUGGAUGUCCCGUGCCCUUUCCCUUAGGAGAUAAGAUAUAUUUCAAAAAGAGAGGUUGAUCCCCUUUCCAUGGGGAGAAAAGAUAAUCUUCCCUAAUAGAGAUAAUUCUUGGGAUAUUUAAAGAUAUCAUUGGUUGACUUAAUCUUCUUCUUUAUCUCUUUCCAGUUCAAAAUCAUAAUAAAGAUUAUAAAGAUAAGCGGAGCUCUUAAGUCUUGACACGUGGCGAUCGCAUAUUGGUCUUUACUGGCACACAUGGCUCCGAGUUAAUGGUAACCUCCCAGGGGUAGUACAGUAAAAUUGCCCCCUGUAAAUAUUCCCUUAGCACUUGCCCCCCCACUCCUUGAGCUGAUCGAGUAAGGAGGUUGGGCAGCUGAAGGAGUAGUUGUCACUGUUUUUCUGAGCCUCUGUAAAAAAGUUCUGCUAAAAAUUUGGGUUAGCAGUCUCGGAUGCUGAAUUCGCUUCUUAAGUCUCCCGGUGCCUUUUCAGUCUUCCCAUGCAAAGGGUGAUUAGGUCGCUCGAGGUGAUAGUGACGUUCGAGAAUUUUCCUAUAGUAGAAAAAGGGUCAGCUCUUAAAUCAGUACAUAUAUUUUUAUAGUUAUUUUUGGCCUAGGGCCGAGGCUAUGCUAGUCGAGGCCGCAUUCCUCAUCUUCGGGGGCCGCUAGUCGAGGUUGUGGUGGCCGAGGCCGCUUGCCUUAUCUUCGAGGCCGCUGGCCGAGGCCGCGUGCCUUAUCUUCGGGGGCCAUUGGCCGAGGUUGUGGUGGCCGAGGUCGCGUGCCUUAUCUUCGGGGCCACUGGCCGAGGCUGCUUGCCUCGUCUUCGGGGGCCGCUAGCCGAGCCUGCGUGCCUCGUCUUUGGGGGCUGUUGGCCGAGGCUGCUUGCCUCGUCUUCGGGGGCCGCUGGCCUAGGUUAUGGUGGUCGAGGCUGCAUUCCUCAUCUUCGGGGGCCGCUGGCCGAGGUUAUGUGCCUUGUCUUCGGGGGCCACUGGCCGAGGCUAUGGUCCCCUUUAGUCUUCGUUUGGCGAAGGUUCGUAGCCUCCGAACUGAUGCCUUUUGGUCUUCAUCUGGCAGAGGUUCGUAGCCUCCGAACUGGUGCCUCAAUUAGUAGGGGCGGUCCCCUUUGGUCUUCAUUUGGCGGAGGUUCGUAGCCUCCGAACUGGUGCCUUAACUAGUAGGGGUGGUCCCCUUUGGUCUUCAUUUGGCGGAGGUUCGUAGCCUCCGAACUGGUGCCUUAAUUAGUAGGGGUGGUCCCCUUUGGUCUUCAUUUGGCGGAGGUUCGUAGCCUCCGAACUGGUUAGGGGUUCGAGGCCCUGCGAGGAUCACAUUUGAUCCUUUCAUCUUGAGUGUUCGGGGGUUCGAGGCCCUGCGAGGAUCACAUUUGAUCCUUUCAUCUUGAGUGUUCGGGGGUUCGAGGCCCCCCGAGGAUCAUAUUUAAUCCUUUCAUCUUGAGUGUUUGGGGGUUCGAGGCCCCCCGAGGAUCAUAUUUGAUCCUUUCAUCUUGAGUGUUUGGGGGUUCGAGGCCCCCCGAGGAUCAUAUUUGAUCCUUUGUUUUUGAGUGUUUGGGAGUUCGGGGCCCCCCGAGGAUCAUAUCUGAUCCUUUGUUUUUGAGUGUUCGGGGGUUCGGGGCCCCCCGAGGAUCACAUCUGAUCCUUUGACUUUCGUUGUCGAGGCCUUUCGAACCUUCGGUCUUCAUAUGCACAUGAUAGCUUGGAUUAUAGUUGAUGACCGAGAUUUUAAAGAAUAUUUGAUAUUUUAUUUUUGCGGUUCGGCGAAAUGCCUACAUUCGCAAUUAAAGAAUAAUAAUAUUUUAUUUUCGUGAUUUGGCGUAACGCCUACAUCUGCGAUCAGAGUGAGUUUUGUUUUCGCGGUUCGACGUAAUGUCUACGUCCGCAAUUAAAUAAUACCAACAUAUAUAUUUUUAGCGACCAGGGAUUCAAGCACAUCAGCUUCACCAUAUCAAAGGCCCCCUCUUGUUACAGUUCCUGUAGUUGCCGCAGCUUUUGUUGCAAUGUUAGCCCAACCACGAUACUCACAGCAUACCCGAAGGAAAUUUUUGGGAUUCCUAGUCCUUAGUAUCCGUUGAGUCAGAGAUUUCCAUAUAAAAUGAGGGAGCAUUCCAGUGUGAAGCCGGUAACCCUUUGCAAUUGGGCAAUUGCUAUCAGAGUAGCAUAUAUGAUGCUUCUGCCAUUUGGGAACUGCCAAAUACGCCGGUACCUGUGCUGAUACAACAAACACAAUUGUAUUUCAACCUACUGCCAUAAACAGCCGAUCCAAGCAUUCCUGCCCAACAUUAUAGUUACUGGUAUCCCCUGCAUCCUCGUGCUCAGUGUCUGUACUAUGCCAAGCAAGAUUGUCCUCAAUAUCUAACAACAUAUUCAUUAAUAUGGCCAAUAACCAGUUGAUAACCUGGGGAAACUUCCUCAUUAUACCAGACACUCUUUCUCUAGCCUCGGUAAGGGUAACGACAAACUCAAUUGCGAGGUGUCGAGUCCCCUCUUCAAGGUUUUCAACUUCUGCAAUCUGUGAUAUAAACCCAACAACCAGAAAAUAUUCAUAUAUAUAUAUUUUUUGCCAUACCCAAAGACUCUUGAAGUUGUUGUAAGGAAUGAGCGUUGGAGAAGAUGAAGCUAAAGUAUGUCAGAUUCUGCUUCCAAGGGAUCUGCCGUCAGUCAUGCCAGCCACUCGUAAGGACUUGCGGCUCGCGGCCCACGGCCUUUGCCAGCGCGCGAUCCGUCAUUUGGUUCUGCUGCGAUCGUGAUUUGUGGUGGUUGGCCUUCCGUGGCCGUGCUCUGCUGCCGGUCUUGCCUCGAUCCUCUGCCACGUUCACUACUUGCUGCGGCCAUUAUCUGGCUCAUCCAUGGCUGCUGUUGUGCUUCUGCUGUUGGGCUCCUGGGUAUUGCCCCCUUUUCCAGCAAGCUUCCAGUUAAUGUUAUAUAUAUAAUAUAACACCUCUGUUUUUACUCCAGGCUUCCACGAUUUAGCUUUUCUCCAACAUAUACAUAUAUAUAUAUCUAUGAUUCUGCCAAACUUGCUCCUGCUUUCACGAAAAGUCUUAUGAUAUAUAAUAUAUAUAUAUCAUCUAUAGAAUGCCUGUUGCUUCUGCUUCAACGAGAAGCCAUAUACAUACCAAUUGAUGAUUGCACACCAUUAAUGACUGAUACAUAUGAGGUCUCCUGAUAUUUUUUUAUUUUCUGUUUCUUCCAAGCAUCCACACGUAGUUUCUUCAUACGAGAGAUUUUUUUUGCAAAAACAAAACAGGGAGAUAUAUAAAUAUUAACGGAAGAACAUACCAUUAAUGCGAUUAUUGCAAAUAUGUAAUAUUUUCUUUCUCAAUUGAUUUGAUUUGACUUCAUGCGGCUUGAGAUUGUGCUUGGUAGACAGAAAGAAAAGACAACGGGCCCCACGGUGGGCGCCAAUUGAUGAUGCGGAGCUGAUCACCUUCUUCUGUCUUGAACCAAGUACCUGCAAAAAGGGUGGGGACUUGCUCCCCGUGAUCCCUCCGACGCUUAAGUCAGUUCGUAGGGUUUUUGAGGAGUAUAAUAACAGUAAUGAAGGAUAAUCAAAGAGUCCCUUAGGAGUCAGAUCCCCAUACCUGUAGAGGUUGCCCUCUAUUUAUAGAUGUCCCGUGCCCUUUCCCUUAGGAGAUAAGAUAUAUUUCAAAAAGAGACGUUGAUCCCCUUUCCAUGGGGAGAAAAGAUAAUCUUCCCUAAUAGAGAUAAUUCUUGGGAUAUUUAAAGAUAUCAUUGGUUGACUUAAUCUUCUUCUUUAUCUCUUUCCAGUUCAAAAUCAUAAUAAAGAUUAUAAAGAUAAGCGGAGCUCCUAAGUCUUGACACGUGGCGAUCGCAUAUUGGUCUUUACUGGCACACAUGGCUCCGAGUUAAUGGUUGAAGUACAACAGUUAUGGACAAUAUCACUAUUUUUGGUCAAGAGGAUGGAGACUUACACUGAACCGUUCAAUUUCUUCAAGAAAGAAACGUUAAUGUUGUUAUUCGCGAUGAGCGUGACCUUAAUGCUAUUCGCAUUCGUGAGGCAAAGGCAAAGGAAAAAGAAAAGGCUAUCUCUUCUGGCAAAGGAAAGAAAAAAGUACAUCAUGUGGAUUGGAUGGAAAAAUAUAUGGAGCUUAAAAGGAGAAAUACAACUGUCUUGCUUCGAUGGGGAUGUAAUAAGAUUAUUGUGCAUGUUCCUCAUUGGGGAUACAUACAAGUUGAUACGAAGAUUUUUUGGAAAGUAAUGAGGAGGAAGUUCGGGCAAACACAUGUUUAAAGACAUGUUAUUGACACAUUUUUUGUAAAGUAUACAUAUUUUGUAAAUGUUUAACCUACUUUUUGUAAAAUUUUAACUCACUCUUUUGGUGAAUGACAAUAUAAUGUUUAUUUUUUUAUGUAAUUAUAAUUUGAUUGGCAGCAGUAGCACUAAUUGGUGUGUAUUUUA